UCUAUGGAGAAACAGAAACUCAGUGUUAUUUAUGGAUAGCUGCUCUAAUAAUAAACUAACCUUUGAACUAUCCGCUCCGUGCGGGAGUUCCCGGUGUCCAAACAUUUUCAUUCUGAUUUCCAUUCCUGCUGCUACCCGGCCUGCUGUGUUCGGCCAGCGUUUUGUUUGUGUUGCUUUGGAUUUCCAGAAUCUGCAGACUUUGUCGUGUUUGUGAUUUAACUCUCCGUUGUCCUUCCGGCCCCCGACCACGGGUGGCGCUGUAUAGAUCUCCAGCCACUGGUGGCGCUGUGCAGAUCUCCGGCCUUCGGCGACGAUGUGCAGACCUCCGGCCAUCGGUGGCGCUGCGGAGAAACGCCUGCUGAACGCAUGCGCGGUGCCGAGUGCCGCUGUUGUUGGCGGUUCUCCGAUUCGAGCAGGGUUCGACCUGUGGUGAGAGAUUUAUUUGAAGAAAAACCCCAACUGGAGGCAAACCACGACUGAUGACGUGGGAACAGCAACAAAUGAACCAACCCGAGGACUGAGAGCACCGACUGGAGAGAACCCAUCUGACUCGGAGAUUCCGGUGAUUCAGUCAGGAGAAAGUUUGGUUAAAAACGACAAGGAAUUUGUCUAUGGGAAUUCAAACACAACACACCAGUUGUGCUGUCUCUGUUUAGAUAUUUAAGGAGCAAGAGAUUCAAUCAACCAUCCUUCCUGCUCAGACUGUGGGGAGAGAUUCACUCGGUCAUCUGACCAACUGACACGUCCGUCAUUUUACACAGGGGAGAGACCGUUCUCCUGCUCAGACAGUGGGAAUGGAUUCACUCAGUAAUCUCAACUGAAGCUACACACUGGGCAAGGCCAUUCAACUAUUCUGUGUGUGGGAAGGGGUUCAGUCGGUCUUCCCGCCUGUGGACACACCAGGCAGUUCACCCUGGGCAGAGGCUGGUUAUCUGCUGAAUUUGUGGGGAAGGAUUGACUCGGUCAUCUGACCUAAUGGCUCAUCAGCGAGUUCACACCGGGGAGCGGCCGUUCACCUGCUCAGAAUGUGGGAAGGGAUUCACUCAGUUAUCCAGCCUACAGAGACAUCAGCGAGUUCACACUGGGGAGAAGCCGUUCACCUGCUCAGAAUGUGGGAAGGGAUUCACUCGGUCAUCCCACCUACUUGAACACCUGCGAGUUCACACUGGGGAGAAGCCAUUCUCCUGCUCCGAAUGUGGGAAGGGAUUCACUCAGUUAUCCAACCUGCAGAGACAUCAGCGAGUUCACACUGGGGAGAAGCCGUUCACCUGCUUACAAUGUGGGGAAGGAUUCACUGAUUCAUCCAGCAGACUGAAACAUCAGCGAGUUCAUACCAGGCAGCGGCUGUUCACCUGCUCAGACUGUGGGAAGGGAUUCACUUACACAUCUAAUCUGAAGGUACAUCAGCGAGUUCACACUGGUGAGAGGCUGUUCACCUGCUCAGUCUGUGGGAAGGGAUUCACUCAGUCAUCCAAACUACAGAGUCAUCAGCGAGUUCACACUGGGGAGAAGCCGUUCACCUGCUCAGUCUGUGGGAAGGGAUUCACUCAGUCAUCUACCCUACUGGUACAUCAGCGAGUUCACACUGGGGAGAAGCCGUUCACCUGCUCAGAAUGUGGGAAGAGAUUCACUCGGUCAUCCCACCUACUUGAACACCUGCGAGUUCACACUGGGGAGAAGCCAUUCUCCUGCUCAGAAUGUGGGAAGGGAUUCACUCAGUCAUCUACCCUACUGGUACAUCAGCGAGUUCACACUGGGGAGAAGCCAUUCUCCUGCUCAGUCUGUGGGAAGGGAUUCACUCGGUCAUCUGGUCUCGAAAUACACCAGCAGGUUCACACUGGCGAGCGGCCGUUCACGUGCUCAGACUGUGGGAAGGGAUUCACAUUGUCAUCUCACCUAAUGAGACACCAGACAGUUCAUACUGGGGAGCGACCGUUCACCUGCCCAGAAUGUGGGAAAGGAUUCACUCAGUCAUCUGAACUACUGGCACACCAGUCAGUUCACACUGGGGAGAGGCCGUUUAACUGCUCCGAAUGUGGGAAGGGAUUCACUCGGUCAUCUCACCUACUGGCACACCAGCGAGUUCACACUGGAGAGAAGCCAUUCACCUGCGCAGACUGUGGGAAGGGAUUCUCUUGGUCAUCUGAUCUCCAAAAACACCAGCGAGUUCACAGUGGGGAGAGGCUGUUCACCUGCUCAGACUGUGGGAAGGGAUUCACUCAGUUAUCCAACCUACAGAGUCACCAACGAGUUCACACUGGGGAGAGGCCAUUCAUCUGCUCAGACUGUGGGAAGGGAUUCAGUCAGUCAGCCACCCUACAGAGACACCAGCGAGUUCACAAUGGGGAGAGGCCGUUCACCUGCUCAGUCUGUGGGAAGGGAUUCACUCAGUCAUCUGAUAUGCUGGCACACCAGCGAUUUCACACUGGGGAGAGGCCAUUCAUUUGCUCAAACUGUGGGAAGGGAUUCACUCAGUUAUCCACCCUACAGAGACACCAGUCAGUUCACACUGGGGAGAGGCCGUUCACCUGCACAUACUGUGGAAAGGGAUUCACACGGUCAUCCACCCUAUUGGCACACCGGUCAGUACACACUGGGGAGUGGCCAUUCAUCUGCUCAGAAUGUGGGAAAGGAUUCACUCAGUCAUCCAAACUACUGGCACAUCGGUCAGUUCACACAGGGGAGAGGCCGUUCACCUGCGGUGAAUGUGGGAAGGGAUUCACUCAGUUAUCUCAUCUACAGAGACACCAGCGAGUUCACACUGGGUAGAGGCCA